AUGGCUGGCGCGUUUUUUCAGCAAAUGUGUGUGCAAGGUGCUUGGGGCGUCGUACCCGUCCAUCUUAUGGAACUUGCACCGCUGCAAUUUCGCUCGUUCGUAGUCGGCACUUCUUAUCAAUUGGGCAAUCUCAUCUCAUCAGCCUCAUCAACCAUUGAAGCCACUGCUGGACAACAUUUUCCAUUGCAAACAUCUGGUAAUACCACUAAUAAGCAUCAGUUUGACUAUGGUAAAGUCAUGGCUAUCUUCUUAGCCAGUACCUACUGCUAUCUACUCAUCAUAAUUUUACUCGGACCUGAGAAGAGUAAUACUGAUGAAGUUACCAAAACUGAGACAAAACAAGCCGAUCAUAGUGAAGCUAACAAUAAUUUGUAA